AUCCAAGUGUUGCCAGGGCUAAAAAUAACAGCCGGUCGUCCGCCGUUUGAGUUUGCGUUGCGUAUUUGACGACAUGGUAACACGGACGAAACUAUUUUGACAGUAAUCGUACUUGUUGUAAUCGUGUAUUUUUUGUUAAUUCAACGCGAUUGCAAAUUGUUAAAGAUAUUACGAGAUAAUGUGUGACAUUAUAUCCGGGUGCUGUGCUUAUGGGACUCUAAACAACUACGCACCGAGGGUAAUAGGCAUUAAUAAAUAAACCCCACGAACAAAGUAUUUUUUGAAUGUGGCAUCUCUACUUCUAUUUGUUUUAUUGAUAAUGAGAUCUGUUAUUAUCUUUUUACUAUUUCUGCAAAUUUUGUGUGAAACCAUAUACUGUAUGACUAUUAAGCAGAAUGAUAUAUUGCAAUUCUGCAGUAGAAAAUAUUUUUUUACAUGAUAACAAAAUGGAUGUUGAUCUUCCAAACUGCGGGAUCAGCUAUCGUUUCUAUCAGCAACAAAACAUAAAAUAAGGAUUCAAGUUUGAUUUAGAAAAAAUUUUGACCUUUCCUAUAAAGUGGACAUUAAAGUGCAAGUGAAAUAAUUUAAACUGUAUGAAAUACACAACUAUGAUUUAUAAACAGAUAUAAAAAUACCUUCAAGAUGAUUAUUCUUGGAAUGUCUACACCGCAACAUAAAGAAAAAACAUUACAUGAUAUAACAAUAUGUUGAAAUGAAUGCAUUGAGUUUCAAGAAAGCCUCCCCACUAAUUAAGGGAAUGUUGCGAAGGAUAAUGACAUAUCAUUAAAUGCAUUGAGAACAGAUUUAUUGAAGAUUCAUUGUUGUUUUGAGUACCGCUAACUGUUUUGGACAAUUUAAUUUUAAAAUGGAUAUUGAUACGCCAAGUAAUAGCAAUCUCAAAAGAAGUAACAGCGCUCCUAUUAUAAAUGAUUUAAGUCCAAAUGCUGUCAUGAACAAUACCCAAUUGAUUACAUUACACACCAGGGAUAUCCAGACAUUUAGCUUUUCAAGCAGAACUCGUCGAUUUAGUACUAGUUCAAGUUUUAGUCCCCAUGCUAACUCUACGAGCCAAGUACAAAGAUUAACACAUCGUGUAGAUCAACUUAAACAGGAAGACCUUUGUAAUCGGGAAGUAACACAUGAACGUGAAAUUCAUUCUGCUAUGCAAAUUUCACAAUCAUAUGAGGAUCUAAGCUUAGAUACAGAGUUGUUGUCCUGUAGAGAUAAAUCUGGUAGGUCAAUGAUUAAUACCGUGAAUCAGUCUCCCAGCCCAACUAGUGCUUUUAAACAUCAUUUAUGUAAUGCAGGAAAAACAUCGCCUUUAAAUAUAAAUACAAAUUCACAUAGUUUUCUCAGUACUUCAGGACUAAGUCCAAGAUCAACUGGUAAUUUUCUAGUUAACCACAGCAGCGGAAAAGCCUUUUCUCCACUGAAUAUGCAGCCUGGUUCUUUAAUGUUUACUUCAUGUUCAAAUUCUAAUCCAAGUGAUAGUACUAAAUUUCCAACAAGUUCAAAGGAAUCAACGUCGCCAUUAUUUCCAACAUUUGGAUCAUCAUCAAGUGGACCUUUCAAAAAUCAUCUUUUGAGUUCAAAUUCAAAAAUGCUUCCGUUAAAUGUUCAGACAAAUCAUAUUGGAGGAACGACGCCCAUGCUGUGUUCCAGUCCCAGCCCCACACGAGGUUCAAAUCUCCCACGACAGUGCUUUAGUCCCAACUUCAAUUGGAAAUGCUCAAGUCCCAGCCCAACAAGAAAAUCUUUUGCCACUCGUAGAAGUCUUAGCCCCAUUGCAAUGAGGCCCAGCUCUUUUACCUUGAAACGAAAAUUUGAUUUGGAUAUUGGCAACGACGAAGGUCCCAAUAUGAAGAAGACAGCAACGCAAGUGUUUUCGCAAAGUGGCAUAUUCGGAUGCACGCGAGGAACUGCUCCAACCUCAGGACUUGUUUUAUCGCACAACAGUGAUAGCAACGAUAAGAAAGAUGUUACAAUGUCUUACAGCAUUGAUAGUGAAAGUGAUAAAAAAGAGUACGUUAACGGUGAAGCAACCGGUGCGGGAACCAUUUCUAUGGUCUUGGAUGGAGAACAGAAUGCACUCAAACAGGAUGAUAUGUUCAAUAAAGAUGACAAUCCGGUUACUUUCAAUAAAUCAAGCAUUCAGCAAAAUCUUACAAUGCUAUUCAGUGAUAAUCAAAAUGUUGAGAAGCCAAAUGUGACUGAAAAUUUACAGACAAGCCAGUUUACUUUCAGGCCUGUUUCUAACGAUAUAUGUGAUAAUGAAGAAAAUAUGAAUACUAACAAUGCAGUGAAUGAAAACUAAAUACUUUCACGCUGAUAUAAGACAGAUCAUGCUUACGAUUAUUUUUAAUUUUUAAUUAUGGGUGAGCAUAUGUAUGUACAUACUUACAUAAUAUAUGAGUUUAAGAAUUCAAUAUUAAAUAAAAAUGGA